AGCAUAUGUUAAAACAUGAAGAUGUGUCAAAACUUGAGGGAUUAGGUUGGAUAGAAUAUCAGAAUUUAAGAUAUUAUACAUCUUAUUCUCAAAUUUCAAUUGAAAUAAAUUCUAUUGAAAUGCAAAUAGAUUAUGUUCGACAUGGAGAUGGAUAUACUAGUGGAAUAACUCCCAUUCCCAACAUGAGUUUAAUGGGUUAUUUGUUACCAGAUUAUCACCAAUUUUUCUCAAAUGUUCCAGAAACUUUCAAAGAUAAGUAUUUUUCAAGAAAAGAAAUGGAAAAUUUACUUGAUUUAAAUGAUAUCCUUAGCAUAUUAUAAUUAU